AGGCAGGUCCACUCAAUCUGUAUCUGUAUUAGUAUCUGUAACAGUAUUAGUGUUAACUUGAAUAUUAAGAGAGCAUGGGUAAGAAAACUAAAAGUCAGACUAAGACAUUGCCCCCAAACGAGCAACAAGUAAAGCCAGAGCCAGAUGGUUUGCAAGUAUCGAAUCCGCCUGCAGUGGAAGAGCAAUCUAUAGACAAGAGUGUAGAGGUAUUUUUAUGGCUAUUUGCAUAUAGUGUUCUCAUGUUUACGCUGCCUUUUCUGGGCUUUUAUGGAGUGCGGAACUGGCUGGAUGAAUCGUUUCCCGACCUUGACACAUUUCAAAAGAACUGCUACUCCGUGUUGACAGCUGUACUGGUUGUCAAUGCCAUUGUAGCUAUGUAUGUGCUCAAGGCCAUUCGUGAAAAAGAUCCUCCACCUCUGCCCGUUGAAGAAAAUCAGGAAAGUAAGAAAGAUCAGUAGAUUUUACCAAAUGUAAUAAAUACAAACGAAAGAUUCGCAACAAUCGUUUUGUAUUUCUAUUAAAAGAAGCGAUUAAGAAAAGAUCCUUCUGCUCUGCAUGUAGGAGCAAGAAAUAUAUAUAUAGAGUUUAACAAAUGUAAUAAAACCACACACAGAAGAUUCUUAA